AUGCACCGACUUGAAGCAGAGCGUAUGCUCAAGAUCUUUGCCGAGCACAAUAUCCCCGUCAAAACGAAUCCGUACUUCGGUCUCAGGGAAAUCCCAAAAUUGGUUGAGCUCGCUCAUAGCGGGAAGAUGCAAGGGAAAGCCGUACUCAUUGUUGAUGAGGAGGAGAUGAAAAGAAUGAAGGAAGAGAAGACGGCUCUAUCCUAA